AUGACAGUAGAAGAACAGGAAGUGCAGGUCAGUGAGAACUUCAGAAUAAAGCGCGCAAUAUAUGGUGGGAGAGCGUGCUAUGCUUCCAGCGAUCUAAAGAAAGACAGCUGUGUAUUAGAAGUUUCGGAUUAUAUGGGCUGUGCAAUUUUGUAUGAAUUCCGGAAGGAGGUAUGUCAUUGGUGCCUGAGUUACAAUUAUGGUACAAUGAUGAAGAUCAAGAUUAAUUGGGCGGAUGUAGCAGACAUGUUUUCGGAGUUACAUUCGAAGAUUUCUGCUAAGCAGUACAAGGGUAGCGGGCUGUGGUUCUGCACAGAGGAGUGUAAAAGAUCGUUUCUACAUCAAAAGAACAUAGCAGAGCUCUUGUUGUUGUAUGAAACGGUGCUUGUUCAUUUCCAAUCUAUGCAGCGUCAUCAUAACUGCGUCGCAGAAGAUACCCAUGUGGAAGAAAAAUAUGCUCAAAUCGAGGCCUCCAAGAUGCAGAAUGUAAUUGAGAAACGCUGGGAAGAGAUCGAGCUCAAUUGGAUACCGAAGGCUGCCAAAAUGAAGCAAACUAAACUUAUCAAUGAGCUUCCUAAGAUAGACGAAGAUAGUUAUUCGUCAAUAAGAUUUGUCCUGGAAUGCAUCUUUAAUCUUAAACAACAAGAAAAAGAUAGCAUCAAGCUAAAUGCUUGGAAAUCUCUACAAUCCAAUGAGGUUGAGAAAAUCACAACUUUCCCUGUUUUACUCGAUCAUCAAAUGGUAGUGUUCAAGUGGGUUUAUAUUCUAGCACCAAACUUUAGGAAUAUCUUAACACCAGCAUUUUUCCGUCAUAUCUUGGGAUCUGAGUAUGGGAACUCAUUCGGAAUAUGGGAAAUUGCUGAAGAAUCCGAUAGUAGAGAAUAUUUGGGCUACAUGGUACUUCCGGAAGCCUCUUAUUUUAACCAUUCCUGUGAUCCAAAUGUUCAGAAGAAACGAGUAGGAAGAACAUUCAAAUAUUCCUUGAAAAGGGAUGUGGAACAGGAUGAAGAAUUAUGCAUAGAUUACAGAGAAAUACUCAAUCUGGAUGUCGCUGACAGAAGAAAGAUCCUCAAAAGCAAUUGGUUUUUCGAAUGUCGGUGCAGUAGGUGUGUAUCAGAGCUGUAG